AGACGCUACCCAGCCGGCCGACCAAACUGCGACUGCCCCAACUGCCAGGAAAUCGACAAACUCGGUCCGGCUGCCGAAUAUUUGCGCAAAUCGAUCCAACACUGUUGUCACGUACCAGGCUGUGGUAAGAUCUACAACAAGACGUCGCAUUUGAAGGCCCACUUGCGCUGGCACACAGGCGAGCGAUCGUUCGUCUGCAACUGGCUCUUCUGUGGUAAGCGAUUCACAAGAUCCGACGAGCUGCAACGACAUCUACGCAGCCACACGGGCGACAAGAGGUUCGUUUGCAACUUCUGCAACAAGCGAUUUACCAGAAGCGACCACCUGACGAAACACGUGAAGACACAUUGCGAGGGUUCGAAUGCAGCUUCAGCCAAUGAAGGAGAUAAUAAUGAAAAUCUUGAA